GUCCUCCUAUCGGCGCCGGAAUGUGGAAAUGUAACACUUGUGUACGAACUCUAUAAAUCCAGAAGGUUGAGACAUCUUUUUUAGUGGAUGAUUGCAUUCCAGCCAGCCAGGAACCCAUCCCUCAUAAUUUGGAUGCCAUGAGUUAUCUCUUCAAGAGUAGGAGUGAAACGCCGCUGACACCAGCAUCUUCGCAAGAACAACUGGCGAAGAUAAAUGAGGUCCGGGGGCUCCUUGGCAACCUGCCGAUGGAGAUGCCGAAAUUCCUGUCAGACGCCACUAUCCGUCGGUCCCUCCGAGCAAGAAACUGGAGCACAGUUCAAGCUGCCAAGAGUCUGAAGGAAGCUGCCAGUUGGAGACGUCAGUACAAGCCAGAGAAAAUUUGUUGGGAAAACAUCGCGGAUAGUGAGAAUGGGGCUAGGAGAGCUUACAUACCAGACUACCUUGACAAGAACGGAAGAAUGGUCUUCAUAACACUGCCAACAAUAAAGAUAAUAAAGCACUUCCUCGAACAAAAAAUGAACGAGAAAGUGAAAUUCGUGUACAACAACAAUUCAGAGAGCCAGAGGAUAAUGGGUGAUAUGUUUGACCUGGGCAAGCUGGAGUCUACCUUUGGAGGAAGAAACACAGCGGGCCUGGACAUCAACAAGUAUGCCGAGAAAAUGAGAAGACAAGAUCAGAUAAGGGGAGCUUGGACACAAGCCAAUGGCAACACCUGUUCACCCUGAUUUUGAAUAAGUUCCUGUUCCGUGCUAAGAGCACAAUAACACCACUGUCAGCAGUUAGUUAAACUGGACGAAGAUUGAACUCUAUCUAGCUUACAUGCACAUGCUCCGAGCCUCCUAUGCAUGCCAGCUUAUUAGUGAUCCGAUAAUAAAUAGGUUCAUGUUGAUAGUUAAGAACAUAGGGAACAUUAACUUUAAAGUUCUGAAUGAUAUUAUUGGGGAAGUCGGGGUUAUGUUAAAGAUAUAUAUGCCAACAAAAUAUUAUGCAUGAAGCUCCUUGGUUAAGUAAACCAACCGCAAUGUGUCAUGUUGGAUUUAGAUUUGAGUUGUCACUGUAUUUGUCCUUAUUACCAACAGGGUCGUAAUUUUUUGUCAGCA